AUGACUGUCCCACAUCCAGAUUUUAUUCCAUGCCAAAACAUUUUGCAAGUCAAAGGACAAGAACCACAAGUAUUUGAACUUGAAGGAAAAGUUGAUGGCCUUGUUGUCAAGAUCCCAGGUGGAUCAAAGUUUGUAACCACAUUAAAAUUCAAGGUCAAGAAUAGAAAGUUGGAAAAGUUGCGUUACAAGCAAGUUAUCAAAAAGGGUGGAUUCACAAUCAAGAGCAAAGAGGUUGAUUUGGGUACACGCGAACCAUCUGAAACUGAAGUUUACGCAGUUGACUCCCCUGAAGAUGAAACCCCAGGUACAUGGGUAGCUAGGGGUGCUUAUCAAGCAACCACUACUUACUAUGAAGGAGACGAUGAGUUGUUCUCUACUCAAUGGACAUUGGAAAUCACUAAGUAG